AUUUUUAAAAAAAAUGAUAAACGAGUCCUACCUAUCAAUUGUUAUAACUGGUUUAAUAUCGGCACUGAUAUGGUUUGUCUGGCAACGCAAACAGCGAAUGUCGAUACUGGAGAGGAACGGUAUUCCCGGACCAAAACCGCAUCUGAUAUUUGGCAAUAUGUUUGAGUACUAUAGGCGCGGCUAUAAUGACUGCUAUGAUGAAUGGCUACCCAAAUACGGUAAGAUUUUUGGCUACUAUUUGGGUGCCAAACCGUUUCUGGUGGUCACCGAUCCGGACCUAUUGAGGCGCAUACAAGUUAAAGACUUUCAAUACUUUAGCUCAAGACCGUACGUUAUUCCCGGCGGUAUUUAUCAUAAUAAAAAUUAUCAUCAAAUGUUAACCCGAUCGGAAUCGGUUCGGUGGAAACAAAUGCGAUCGCUGUUCAGUCCGUGGUUUAGUUCGUCCAGUUUGCGGGCACAGACACCGGUGGUCAACAAAUGUGUCGAUAUAUUGAUGAACAAAAUCAAAUCGUUUGCCGACAAAGGCCAAGAGUUCAAUAUCUAUGAACGUCUGGAGGCCACUACCAUCGAUCUGGUAGACAGUGCCGCGUUCAGUGUCAGCACCGAUAUCCACGACACUGAUCCCAAUGAGAAUCCAUUUUUUCAGGCCUCCCGCGGUGUGUUCAGUAUACGGCCAAAAGACAACAUACUGGCCUCGCUGUUGCUAUGCUUUCCCGAGUUUGCCACUGUAAUCAAUGCCGUACGCGAUGUAUGCGAAACUGUUUGGGACUACUUCGAGCUAACCUAUCACGGUCUACUGUGGAAAGCCGGUCAUACUAUCGUUGAGCGCCGAUUGGCCGCCAACAAUAAGGGUAAAUCUGAUAAUAAUAAUAAUAAUAAACAGUUGAGUAAUAAACGCAAAGACAUGCUGGACCUGAUGCUUGAGACACGAGUCGAUCCCAAGUUAAGCGGCGGUAAACCGCUUACCGAUACUGAACUGAUUGCCAACGUUGUAGUUAUACACGAAGCCGCCUACGAAAGUCCGGCCAAUUGGUUAGGCUUUAUCGUACACUGUCUGGUCAAUCACGCAGAUGCCCAACAACAGUGUUACGAUGAAAUAUGCGAACACUUCGACAAAUACGGCAAAUUUGACUACAAUGUCAUGUCUAGUCUACCGAUGAUCGAUGCCGUCAUCAACGAAUCGCUUCGUCUCUAUCCGACCGAUACUAUAUUUACCAGUCGACAGUCCAAUGCCGACUAUAAGUACAAAUCAAUGACACUGCCAAAAGGUAUUGACAUACGGGUGCCAACAGUACAAUUACAACGAGAUCCGACCUACUGGUCAGAGCCGAACCAGUUUAUACCGAAUCGUUUUCUUGAUAAACAAUCGCCAAUCGAUCCGGUCAUCUAUCAGCCAUUUGGCUACGGACCGCGUGUCUGUCCCGGCCGUAGAUUUGCACUGUUGUCUGUCAAAGUGCUUCUCUGCGAACUUUUGCACCGGUAUGCCAUAACACCCGGUCCCAGGACAGAGAUCGGCGAAAUUGAACGCGACUUCAAACUGAUUACAUGUUCGCCGAAAAACGGAGUUUACGUUCAAUUGGUUCCACGAAAAAAAUUUUAUCCAGUACAGAUUAUGUUUGCAUUAUCAAAUAAAUUAUCAUGGUCAACUAUGUCCGAAAUUACGGCCAACAUUCAUAAAGAGAAACAAAAAUAUUUCGAUGAAAUGACAUUUUCCGAACAGUAUGAGCACCGGGAGUGCGACCGUAUUGUCAUAUCCUAUCCGCGCAGUGGCAGCCACUUUGUAUCGUAUAUCAUACAACUGUUGUUAAGCAACUGCAAGAAUACGGAUGCCUUUGUCGGCUACGAUCAUCUAAUUGAGACCACUGGUCAACGGGCACUGGACAAGGGUCGGUCAUUUCUAGAUAACGGUGCCAUCAAUGAGUGCUGUCUUCAUAGUGAAGAAGCUAACGACAGUACUAAAGAGGAGAAAGAAGAUGAUAAAGAAGUGGUAUUUUUUAAGACACAUUUGCGACGCAAGUUGUUUGCACUGAACUCGCGGGCAAAAUAUCUGUUUGUUGUCCGCAAUCCGAAAGACACAUUCGUUUCCAAAUAUAUGAUGUUCCGUAACAGGCAUUGGUUCGGUCCGAAUGAGGUCACACCCGGCGACUACUUUCUAAUGGAACGACUGAUACCCGAUCGUGAAUAUGGCGACUAUUUUCAUUUUGUGGCCGACUAUUGGCCGCACCGAUCGGAUCCUAAUUUUGAAGUACUCGUGUUUGAGGAAGUGUUGGCCGAUCCGCGCAAAGGUAUCGAACAGAUCGCACGGUUUUUGGGUAAAAAAUAUUUCGAUAGAUUGUCGCAUAUGGUCACCGAUAGUAGCGAUAAUAUCAAUAACAAUCAAAAGGAGACACUAUUGGAUAAGAUUGUUAGGCUGUCCUCGUUUGAUGUGAUGAGCGAAAAAUAUGCCGACAAUCAGGAAAUCAAAUGGCGACUGAGGAAAGGCACUGCCGGGAACUGGAGGUUACAUUUGAACAAUGAUGAAGCCGGUGUAGUCGAUAAACUGGUUAGAAAAUACUGGACCGGCACCGGUAUAACGGAUUUGUGGGCACCGGAUGUUAUCUAAAAUAAUGUUUUAUUU